GAGUACAACAAAUUCAUCGAGGAAGCCAUGACCAUGCACGAGUUCAAUCAUCCCAAUGUCCUCAGCCUGAUCGGGAUCGUCAUCAAACGUAGUGCGAACUCUGGCAACCUGAGAUGGAACGGCUGCAUGCCUCUUGUCAUCCUGCCCUUCAUGAAGCAUGGAGACCUCCUCACCUUCAUCAGGACUGAAAAUAAUACACCAACGGUGAGACACCUCAUGGAUUUUGGCAUUCAGAUUGCCGGUGGCAUGUCCUAUCUCUCCAACUUGAAGUUCGUGCAUCGAGAUUUGGCGGCAAGAAACUGCAUGUUAGCAGACGACUUGUCAGUGAAGGUGGCGGACUUUGGUUUAUCACGUGACGUAUAUGAGCGCGAGUAUUAUAGCAGUGGGGAUAGGAAGGCCAAGCUGCCGAUCAAGUGGAUGGCCAUUGAAAGUCUGGAGAAGGGCAUCUAUAGCACCAAGUCCGAUGUGUGGUCAUUUGGUGUGGUGUUGUGGGAGUUGUUAACCAGAGGAGCCAGUCCUUACCUAGAGGUGGACAGUUGGGAUUUUAUCAAAUUUCUCAAAUCUGGAAGAAGAUUAAUGCAGCCUGUCUACUGUCCUCUUGCUCUCUAUCGAAUGAUGAGGAGGUGCUGGCACACGGACCCGUCGAGCAGACCCACAUUUGACGAGUUGAUAACCUCCAUUCAGAACAUCAUC